AUGCUACAGGACCCGCCCCAGGUUCCCAUGGUAGCAGCAGCAUUUAUGGUCCCUGGACAGGGCCAUGUGAUCUUUGAGGAUGUGGCUGUGUCCUCCCAGGAGGAGUGGGGUCUCCUUAACGAUGCUCAGAGACUCCUCUACUGUGACGUGAUGCUGGAGAACCUGUCACUUAUAGCCUCCCUGGGGUGUUGGCGUGCAGUAGGUACUGAGGAGGCUGCUUCUGAACAAUGUGUUUCUGUAGAACUAGUGACACAAGACAGGAAUCCAAAUCCAGACCCAUCUAUCCUGAAGACUCUUACUUCGGAUACGGGUGCCCUGGUAGAGAAAGAUGUUUUGUACCUGGCUGAGCACCAAGGAGUGCAUCCUGUGCUGAAACCGUCCUCUUCUGGGGCCUGUGGGAAAAUGUUCACUUCUCACCUACAGCAGCACCAGAAGCAGCCCAUUGGAGAGAAACACCUCAGAAGCGAGGAGAAUGGGGCCUUGCUUGUGACGAGCUGCAAAGUCUUUUUACCCGUCAAUAUGUUCACAUGCGGAGAGGUUGAGAAGGCUUUCCUAGGCAGCUUGGGCUUUCCCCCACACCAGCCCUCCCACUAUGGAGAGCACCCAGGUACAAGCAGGCAGAGCAGGGAGGUCUCUCACCCUGGGGAAGGGCAUUACGAGUGCAGCGAAUGUGGCAAAGCCUUCAGUAAGAAGUAUAAAUUCACGGACCACCUGAGAGUUCACACUGGUGAAAAACCUUAUGAGUGCAGUGACUGCGGGAAGUUCUUUAGACUCACCUCCAGUCUUACUCACCAUAGGAAGGUUCAUACAGGAAAAAGGCUUUAUGAGUGCUGUAAUUGUGGGAAAGUGUUUGCCCACAAAUAUAAACUUGUUGAGCACCAGAGAAUCCACACUGGAGAAAGAUCCUAUGAGUGUAAUCAAUGUGGGAAAGCCUUCCUUCAAAAGGAUACACUUGUUCAGCACCAAAAAGUCCACACUGGAGAAAAUCCUAAGAGCAGUGAAUGUGGGAAGCCCUUCCUUUACAAAAAAAAUCUCCUUGUGCAUCAUAGGAUCCAUAUUGGAGAAAAGCCUUAUGGGUGUAGCAAAUGUGGGAAGUCAUUCAUCUUCAAAAAAAAGGCUUCUUGA